AUGAGGAAAAGGCUGGUCCUGCCGUUAGGCUCGAACCAGUGGAAUGCGGUAGAUCUACAGUACAACACUAAACUAUCCGAUGGCUUCCCUGUACGCGAUGCGGAGUCCGUCAAACGCAAGUUCUACGCACUCAAGAAUACGCGCAACCCGUCGGGAGAUCUGGCGCGCCCGGCCGACGUUGCUCAAGUCAAACACGUAUAUCGUCGGAUCGAAGGGAAUUGUGGCGUAAUAGUGUUGGACGAUGCUGCCCCGUCUGUCGAGUCUUCGGCUAGAAGUUCCGCCCCAUCAAACAGUACUUCACAGUAUGAGGCAACAACUAAUGCUGAAGAAGCACAAGCACUGCAAGUGCAGAGCCAGCCUGCGUCUGGCAGAUUGUCAUCCACUGUCAGUGGCGAAGUUAACAAGAGUUUGCUUGACGUGCCUGUUGCCGGGAUAUUUCGCACCGGAAAGACAGCGGAAGAGCUGGGGCAGCUAGGAAAGGAACUGCAUACUGGAUCUAAGGAUCUACUGUCACAAUCGGCUAAGAAACGACGCAGGAUUGAUCGCCUGCUUGAAAACCUAGAGUCAGACGACAGCGCGGAUUGGUGCACUGCUAUUAUUGCCAUGGAGGAGCGUGCCGCCGCUCGAGAGAUGGAUUAUCGCUGA